AUGGCUGGAAACGUGCCUGCACCUCCGGUGUUUUUGCCGUGCCCGGGGGAGCCACAGAUACCCUUCGACAUGUGGAUGCGGAUUUUCAAGAAUUAUCUGCUGGUUAUUAAUGCAACGGGAAAUGCUUGGCCUGAAGCUCGCAGGAGGGCUACAUUACUCCACUGUCUCGGAGCUGAGGGACAACGGACUUUCUACUCUUUACCAGAUACAGGUGACUCCUUUGACUCUGCUGUCGCUGCUCUAGAGAAACACUAUACACCCAAAGUAAAUGUUGUUGUGGAACGACAUGCCUUCAGACAGAGAAGACAAGCCUCUCAUGAGACUAUUGCACAGUAUGUGGCCCUGGUGACAUACACAAGGAAGAAAAUUCCUGUGCUUGGCUGCCUACAAGUCAAAGUGAGUAGAGGACUUCUCGCUGCUCCAGUCACAUUCUACGUGGUGAAGAAAGGGACCUCCCUCUUAGGAAGAGAUCUUAUGGAAGCCUUAAGCAUCUGCAUCAAAGGUAACGCUGUCCUCCCUCCCGUGCUCACCACAAACUCUGCAUCUACUCCCUGCUCCUCUGCUGCUCCUGUCGUCAGCUGUGUGACUGCUUCGCCUGCUCCUGUGCUGACCACCAACUCUGCACCUGCUUCCUGCAUCCCUGUUGCUCCAGACAUCGGCUGUGCACAAAACUUUGUGCAUAAGGUGAAAAUUGAUUCCACUGUUAAACCAAUACGCCAGAAACUACGACGCCUGCCUUUCGCUGUAAGAUCUUCUGUGUCAGCUGAACUGGACCGACUGCUGAAAGCCGGCGUGAUUGAAAGAAUUGAUGCAUCACCUUGGGUUUCGCCUAUUGUGGUCACAGGACGGAAAACUGGUGGAAUACGGAUGUGCACAGAUCUCCGUGAACCAAACAAAGCUGUGAUCACAGACUGCUACCCCUUACCUCAUGUUGAUGAACUGUUUGCGACCUUACAAGGUGCAAAGAUGUUUUCUACAAUCGACCUGGCUAAUGCAUACUACCAGUUGCCACUUCAUGAAGAUAGCAGGGACCUCACAGCAUUUAUUACACAUGAUGGUUUGUUCAGAUUCCGCAGGGUUCCUUAUGGCCUUGCAUCAGCCCCCUCAGCCUUCCAGAAAAUGAUGGCUGACAUCCUCAAAGGCCUCCCAGGCGUCCAAAAUUAUCUGGACGACCUCAUCGUCUAUGGUAACACGCCUGCUGAGCAUGACCAGAACCUCAACACUGUCCUCCAAAAGGUGAAGGAGGCUGGACUGGUGCUAAAUGAGAACAAGUGUCACUUCAGGAAGACCUCACUACGCUUCCUAGGUCAUAACAUUACUGCAGAUGGCAUCCUUCCUGACCAAGAGCACAUUAAUGCCGUCCUGGAAGCCCCACCCCCAUCUGAAGCUGUUGCCCUGAGAUCAUUUCUGGGCUUAGUAUCCUGGUACUCAAAGUUUCUCCCUAACUUUGCGACGGUUGUGGCUCCUAUGCGUGCCUGUGCCUGUGACAAAGACAAAUUUACAUGGACCCCUGCAGCACAAAGCAGUUUUGAGGAAGUCAAGCAACUUCUUGUGAACAGUCCUGCACUCGCUCUUUUCGACCCUUCGCUGCGACCUGUGAUUUCCACAGAUGCAAGCGACUAUGGACUUGGAGCUGUCUUUGCACAAGUACAGCCUGAUGGCACUGAAAAGCCAGUGGCUUUUGCGUCACGCACACUGACUGAAACGGAGAGAAAAUAUUCGAUUGUUGAAAAAGAAGCACUCGCUUGUGUGUGGGCUACGGAAAAAUGGAGAACAUACCUGUGGGGACGCCGUUUUACUCUCCGCACAGAUCACCAGGCACUAACAACAUUGCUCAGCACAAAAGGAAUCGGUCGGGCUGGAAUGCGAGUUGCCCGCUGGUCUGCGCGACUGCUCUGUUUUGACUAUGACAUUAUCUACCGACCAGGCUCCCAGAACUACACGGCUGAUUGUCUCUCACGCCUCCCCUUGCCUGUGCCUUCUGACUCUAUUCCAGAUGCAGAACCUGAGAUGGUGGCACAGAUUUCUACUGCUCUGAGCUCCCUUCCAGUGGCCAACUUUGACUCUGCUUGCUCUGCUUGUCCCGAACUGUCAGCCCUGCACUCACAAAUCGAAAGUGGUUGGCCUCCAUCCAUUAAAUCAGUAAGUGGUGUACUGGCCCCAUACUACAGGAUCAGAGAUGAGCUCUCAGUCAAGGAUAACUACAUCCUCAGAAGCUCAAGACUCAUCGCACCACUCUCGUUACGACACACACUAAUCACACUUGCACAUGAGAGUCAUCAAGGGAUUGUCCGCACAAAGCAACGCCUGCGCGACCUCUACUGGUGGCCUAAGAUGGACUCAGAAGUACAGUCCUGCGUCGCUUCAUGUGUACUCUGCCAGGCUAAUGAUAAAACAGCCUCUACUUGCCCUGCCCCUUUGCAACCGGUCCCACUGCCUGAUGGGCCAUGGAAGAAAAUUGGCCUUGAUGUUGUUGGGCCCUUUGACACAGCAGUUUCUGCCUGCAGGUACGCUAUCACGCUGACAGACUAUUAUUCCAAGUGGCCUGAGCUUGCCUUUUCACAUACUGCCACUACUGAGGAUAUUAUUCGCUUCCUGACGUCUGUUUUCUCUCGUCAUGGAAACCCAGAGAACAUUGUUACAGACAAUGGUCCUCAGUUCACUUCUGCAGCUUUUGCCUCAUUUCUGCACACCCGAGGCAUCUCCCAUAGUAGAACAUCAGUCUACUAUCCAGCUGCUAAUGGAGCUAUCGAGAGAUUCCAUCGUGCCCUGAGAAGUUGCAUUCAGACUGCCAUUCAACAGGCACAACCAUGGACUGAGACUGUUAUGAACUGGCUCCAGGUGUAUCGUGCAACACCACAUGCUGCAACUUCCACCUCACCAUAUGAACUUCUUUAUGGCAGGAAAAUGCGCACCAAGUUGGAUAUUCUUCCGCUGCCGUCUGCCAUGUCUCCACUGGAUGUUUCUGCUCGUCAUGCAGUUCGGAGACAUCAGAAUACAAUGCAGCGUUACACUGAUGCCAAACGUGGCGCACGCAUGCCUUCUUUCCGACCAGGAGAGAGAGUGAGGAUAAGGAAGCCUCAUCACGUCCCUAAAGCUCAUCCAAGAUUCACCUCCCCUGUAACCGUGAGGAAGAGAAUAGGUCCAAACUCUUUCUUACUGAGUGAUGGAAAAACUUGGAAUGCCUCCCAUCUUGCUCAAACCUCUCCUGUGGCUGGACAAGAUUGUGACACAUCUGGACUGCUCCACCCAGGUGUCAGUCGUUCCCCCUCUCCCAGACAGCCACGUGCUAGACACAAGCCCAAGUGGCAUAAGGACUAUGUCACAUCAUAG